AUGGCAUCUUAACUAGAGGAGAAUCUCUUAGUGGGAAGUACUUUCUCUGACUUUGGAAUGACAGCAAAAGAAUUAUCCAUCUUGUUUACUCCCGAAAAUGUUAGAGAUGGAUCAAGCUUGGUAUAGUUGGGUAGACAUGGAAAGAUUGAAGGGUUGAUGAUGAAGUUGAGAACAGAUCCAAAAAAAGGGUUAGAUAGCAGUAAUAUCAAUGAUAUGGAAUUGAGAGUGAAGAAUUUUGGUGACAAUAAGCCUGAAAUAAAAGAGCCAAAGGCACUUUUGGAAUAUAUCCUUGAAAACUUUGAAGAUCCAAUGCUUAGAAUUCUGUGUUUGGCUGCAGCAGUGAAUUUGAUUAUCGGUGUAUGGACAGAGGGAUGGAAAGAAGGAUGGAUGGAUGGAAUGGCAAUUUUCAUAGCAGUUAUUAUUAUAGUAUCAGUUACCGCAGGAAAUAAUUAUGUAAAAGACUAAUAAUUCAGAAAAUUGAAUGCAAUAGCAGAAAAUAGAAAUGUGAAUGUAAAAAGAGGUGGUAAAAUAGUGAGUACUAAUAUAUAUGAAUUGGUUGUUGGAGAUAUUAUGAUAGUUGAUACAGGUGAGAAAUUGCCUGUUGAUGGAGUUGUAAUUGAAUCAAGUGAUUUAAAAGCAGAUGAGUCUUCAAUUACAGGAGAGACAAAUCCUAUUAAAAAGAAUGUCCCAGUUAUAUACGAAUAAUAAGAUAAAGCUAAUCCAUUUUUGAUAAGUGGUUCAUCAAUCAUUGAAGGCACAGGUGAAAUUCUCAUCUUGGCAGUUGGAGAAAACUCACAAUGGGGAAUUUCUAAAAAAUUAAUGACUCAAUAAACUAAAGAUGAUAAAACACCUUUGUAAGAGAAGUUGGGAAUUUUGGCUGAUUAAAUUGGUGAAUAUGGGUUAAAGGCAGCCGUGAUUACAUUUAUUGCAAUGACACUUCAUUUACUCUAUGAUGCAGUGUUUAAUGAAUAUCCUUUAUUCUCUGCCCAUGCAGUAAAAGAAAUACUCAACUUCUUUAUCGUCUCAGUUACAAUUAUUGUUGUUGCUGUCCCUGAAGGAUUGCCAUUGGCUGUAACAAUAGCUUUGGCAUAUUCUGUUGGUAAAAUGAAAGAUGAAAAAAAUCUCGUUAGAUUUUUAUCUGCAUGUGAAACUAUGGGAGGUGCAAACAAUAUUUGUAGUGAUAAAACAGGUACAUUGACUGAAAAUAAAAUGACUGUCACCAAUUUAUAUGUUGAAGAUACUGAUUUUAGUAAGUUGGAUCCUAAAGCCAUUAAAAAUUCAACUUUAGAAUUACUAUGUGAAGGUAUCUGUUUGAAUUCUAUGGCACAUCCAUAAAUAGAUGAAUCAGGUAAAUUUGAACAUAUUGGUAAUAAAACUGAGUGUGCUUUAUUGGAAAUGUGUUACAAAUUUGGAUAUGAUUUCAGAUAAAUUAGAUAGAAUAUGGGAGAAAAGAUCAAGAAGAAGUUCCCUUUCAGUUCAGAAAAAAAGAAGAUGACAAUCAUUUUAGAUCCAAAAGGAGAUAAAACACAAUUCAAAAUUUAUACUAAAGGUGCUCCAGAUAUGCUUUUAGAUAAAUGUUCUCAUUACAUUAAUGCUGAAGGCAAGGCAACUGUAAUUACCAACGAUUAUAAACAAAAAAUUAAUAGUAUUAUUAAGAAUUAUGCAUCCUAAUCAUUAAGAUCAAUCUUAUUGUUGUAUAGAGAAACCAUGAUCUAAGGUAGACCAUAAAAACCAGAAGAAUUUAACAAUGUGGAAGAUCUAAUUGACAAAUCUUAUACAAUUAUUGGAGUUACUGGUUUAUAAGAUCCAUUGAAAGAGGGAAUCAUCAAAGCAGUAUAAUAAUGCAAGGAAGCAGGAGUAACUGUAAGAAUGGUUACAGGUGAUAAUUUUGAUACUGCAGUUGCCAUUUCUAAGAAGGCAGGAAUCUUACCACCAAAUUAUGAACAUCAUGAAGAUUCACUUGCUGUAAUGGAAGGAAAGACCUUCAGAUAAAUGGUUGAAGGAUUAGAAUAUGAAAAGGAUGAAAAAGGAAAUGAAAUACCAAAAGUGAAGAAUUUAUAGAAUUUCACCACAAUUGCUUAAGAAUUAAAAGUCCUAGCCAGAUCUUCUCCAGAAGACAAGUUUUUAUUGGUUACUGGUCUGAAAUAACUUGAGAAUGUUGUAGCAGUAACAGGAGAUGGUACAAAUGAUGCACCAGCAUUAAAAAAGGCAGACGUAGGAUUUGCAAUGGGAAUUCAAGGAACAGAAGUUGCAAAGGAAGCAGCAGGUAUUAUACUUCUAGAUGAUAAUUUUGCUUCAAUUGUUACAGCCAUGAAAUGGGGUAGAAAUAUCUUCGAUUGCAUCAGAAAGUUCCUUGUAUUUUAAGUCACUGUCAAUGUAGUUGCAGUUACUAUGGCAUUUUUGGGAGGAGUCUUCCUAAAAGAGUCUCCAUUAACUAGUAUUCAAAUGUUGUGGGUUAAUCUCAUAAUGGAUACAUUGGCAUCUUUGGCUUUGGCCACUGAACCUCCCACUGAUGAAUUAUUGACUCGUAAGCCUUAUGGAAGAAAAGAACACAUGAUCACGCCUGGAAUGUGGAGAAGCAUUAUAUGUUAAGCAGCAUUCUAACUAUUUGUUCUUUUGAUCAUUUUAUUCCGUGGAGAUUCCAUUUUUGGUAUCGAAUCUAGUAGAGGACAUAGAUUGGAUGAAGAAUACAACCCUGUCUAUCAAGAACAUUAUACUAUCUUCUUCCAUAUUUUUGUAUUCUUGCAAGUCUUCAAUGAAAUCAAUGCUAGAAAAUUGAAAAAAACUGAAUUGAAUGUAUUUGAUGGAUUCUUUAACAACUAUCUUUUCAUAGGUGUUAUUGUUGGAACUAUUGUUGUUCAAAUUCUUAUUGUUUAAUUAGGUGGAAAAGCAAUUAAAGUCACUCCUCUUGAUUUUGGCCAUCAUGUCGCUUGCAUUAUUAUUGGUAUGUGUAGUUUGGGUGUUGGAUACUGCAUUAAAUAAAUUCCCGAUCAAUAUUUCUAAUCCAUUGAAUUAUUUAAAGAACAAGUUGCCCCUGAAGCUAAUCCUGAAACUAUAUAGGGUAAAAUGAAAAGACCUUCCACAUUCCUUAGAAAGAAGAGAGCCAUAGAAAAUAAAUAACCACUAAAGGGUUCUUAAGAAAUAGAAUUGAAAGCUGGAACUAGUGGUUUUAAACAAUGAAAUUUUAUUAUUUAAGAUUGAGAAUAUAAUUUAUAAAAUUAAAAA